AUGAUGCAUCUCGGCCAAGUGUUGGGGAGGAACGGCGUGAACGGCGCUUCGAUGCUCAUUGCAUCGCCACCGCCAGGCUUGGAGCCGGACCUGGGCGCCGCCGCCUUCCGCGCCGAGGUCACCGCCACAGAGGUGCGGCCGAUGACCGUGGAGGCCCUCGAGCAGAAGUUGAAGGGAUUAGGUCAAAACGCCUCGCGCGAGGCGAUCCUGGAGGCGAUCAGAGAGCUCGUACUGUCCGAAGUGGAGUUCAAGGUACAUGAGAAGUCGGAGGAGAUGCUUAUCAAGGGCAAGCAGGUGGUGGCACAAAUGCAGCAUCGGCAUCGCGAAAAGACGCAGCAGCUGCAUGAAGAGAUUGACCGCUGCCAGAAGAAACAGCAAGAGUUGGAGAGCGAGAAUGGGCGUUUGAAGCAGACUCUGCAAGAGUUGGCCUCGCAAUUCACCUUGAUCGGAAACACCUACCUGAACGGUUUGAACGGUUUGAACGGCAAGGAGAUGGCGUCGCCCGACUCGGUGAGUACGGCCGAUGCCGACACAGAGCCCACACAGGCCCUCCCCUUGACGCCCAAGCCCUAUGGCGAACGGGUGGACGGGCUGCCCGAGGUGCCCAACUUCCCCUUCACGCCUGUGCCGGUGGCGGGCUGCAGCCCGCCGGCCAUCUCCAUCGCGGAGUCUUUGGGUCCCCGGACACCGCAACGGACACCCGUCUCGUUGCUCCAAUCCUUGACGCCCUCCGCGGCGGUGCCUCCAUCGCCCUUCACGGUCAAUGGCUUUGCCAGCCCAGGCCUGGUGGCUGGCUGUGGGAUUUUCAGCUUUACGCUGCGCAAGGCGGAUGGCACCGACUUGGGUCUCAAUGUGUCGCACAACAUGGAGGAUCGCUGCUUAUGCGUGGAGAGCAUCCGUGAGGGCGGCGCCAUUGAAGCUUGGAAUCGUCAGUGCGGCCUAGGCACGCCCUUCGCUGAGAAGGCGGUCUUUCACGGUGAUAAGAUCAUCAGUGUGAACCACGUGUGCUAUGAUCCCAACGCCAUGCUACAGGAAUGCCGGGACAAACAACUUUUGAAGCUGACCAUUGCGCGUGGCAAUGUGCCCCUCCCAGCCCCGCCUCAGGAGCUUCGCGCUGAGGCGUCCGAGUUUGUACCGGGAUCUGCCACGAAGGAGGAGGAAAAGGAGAACGAGGACGGUCCGGCCGGCUGCUGA